UGGAGUAUACAAUGACUUACAUCUUUAUUCGCCUUAUUCCCAUUGUUUUGUUGAUAUUUUCUUUUAAUGGGUUUACAAAUGCAAGCCUUGCAGUGUGUGCUAAAACUCCAGCGGACAUCUUGUUCGCUCUGGAUACCUCGACAAGUAUAGGAAGUCAAAACUUUGAAAGAGAGAAGCAGUUUGUAUUAGCGUUUGUAGCCGACAUGGACAUAGGACCCUCUGACGUGCAGGUGUCCGUCGGGACGUUCUCCGACAAUGCUCGCAGAUACUUUGCCUUGAACUCUCAUCCAAAUUUACAUGACCUCCAAGCUGCAAUAAAAAGAAUGUACUAUGAGUUUGGACAGACGCAGACACACUUAGCAUUCCUGUUAGCAGAGAUGUAUGUAUUUACAAACGUUAGUGGAGACAGGCCAUCGGCAACAAAUGUCAUGUUCGUCCUUACUGAUGGUCGUUCUCAAAACCACACGGCCACGGUGCAGGGGGCACAGAGAUUGAAAAAUGCCGGGGUCAAAAUAUACGCCAUUGGUAUUGGUAAUCAGACGGAUAGAGGUGAACUCAAUGACAUUGCAAGCGAUACAAACCAUGUAUUUAUGGUGGAUAGUUUUACAGACCUGAGCUCAAUUCACACACUUGUACAAAACACGUACUGCGAAGGUUAUCUGAGUACAAACAAACCGAGUGGUACACUAUCUUUAUCAACAACUCGCAGUUCAGCCGCAUCUUCGACAUCUUUAAUGUCAACAAUUGUGUCCACAUCGUCAACGUCUUCAGUGCCAACAGCAAUUUCCGCUUCAACCACAGUCAAGUCAACAAGCACACAUACAUCGGCUUUGUCUUCAACAGAGACGACAGCGAUGAGUACCACGACAACAGCAAUGACUUCGAAUCCAACAUCCGACAGCUCAAAUCCAACACCCGGCAGCUCAAACCCAACACCCGGCAGCUCAAACCCAACACCUGACAGCUCAAAUCCAACACCUGACAACUCAAACCCAACAACCGACGGCUUAAAUUUAACAACUGACGGCUCUUCGGUUAUGACUUCAGUUAUAACUAACAGCACACCAUCUCCAGAAUCUACAAGCACGAGUUUGCCAACACCAGCUCUCCCUACGACUAUUCCCACGCCACCUCCAAUACCCGAUGGGCCGUGCGAGGACAAAAUCACAAAUUGCGCUGGGUACGGGGAUGGAGUAUGCACUUCCUACCGGAAAUGGUCCAUCCAAAACUGCGCGCGCUUUUGCACCUUUUGUCACGAUUCUGUGACCAGAACUUCAACAACAACAACACUUAACGUCCCAACAACAACAACAACAACAACGACUUUGCCGUCAACAACUUCCUUGACUACAAGGGUGUACACCGUUUGUGAGGACAAGAUAGACCGAUGCAGUCUGUAUGGUCCUGAUAUUUGCUUUAAAUAUACCACCUGGGCUGCUGUUCAGUGCCCCAAAUUUUGUGUUUUUUGUGAACCUCCAUCAACUACCACAUUAUCAACAACCACUACCACCACUACCUCUACCACCACAACACCACUUCCUUCUACCACUCCCUUUGUUUGUGCUGACCAAGCGCCUAACUGUGCUGAACUCGGUCCCGCUAUGUGUAUGGAGGAUAAAGCAUUUGCGAUGCGCAACUGCCCAGUGUUUUGUCUAUUGUGUACACCCACUGAAACUUCGAUAGGGGUAACUGAACCUCUGACAUUCAAAACUAGCACCACUUUCAGACAAAUAACUACUAACCCAGACAUAAUAAUCAUAGGAAGAAAACGAUUCGACAGACUUCAUGGUAAACUACUUGGACACCUGAUAUUGAAAUGAAAGAGUAGUUAAUUGUUUAUCAAUAAACUGUAGAGAUCUAAAUAAAUGCGAG